AUGACGAUAUCAAUUGGGAUUUGUGACGAGAUUGACGACAGACGGCAAAGACAAGCAAGCAAGCAAGCACACAUGAGGAGAACAUGGAAGUAUCCAUCCGAUCUUGUGAUGCAUGAUGAAGAUUGUCGUCUUCCGAGUCUCGACUGGCUUACGGAAGCACCAACUAAAUCCGAAGAAUCAUCGGUGGCUAAUGAUAAUGAGAAUCAGAUAUUAAUUGGUGGCGAUAUCGACUUUUCAAGAGAUGCAAUAAAACCUCCAUAUAGCUACGCUCAACUAAUAACUCUAGCGAUGCGACAUCAUCGUAACUGCAAAGUACUUUUAAGUGAUAUAUACGAUUAUAUAAAGACGAAUUUCGCUUGGUAUAGGAAAGCCGAUUUAACUUGGCAGAAUUCAAUUCGACAUAAUUUAUCACUGAACAAACAAUUCGUUAAACUUCCUCGUAAAGAAGGAGAUAAAGGCAAAGGCUCAUAUUGGAUUUUGGAUCCCAAUGUUCCCGAUCCGCUCUCUACAAAAACGAAGAAAUCGGCUUAUACGCAAACGAAAUCCAAAUCUAUUGAAACUAUACCCAAGCUAAAUCCAGCAUUAUUGCCCUAUUUAAAGAAAUAUCAAACUUGUGGUGAAGUAUCGUACAUCGAUCUGGAUAGUGGAACUUCGAUAUCGAUGGAUGCGAAAAUGAUUUGUCAACUGGAUAAUCCAACAAUUGAUGUUGUCGAUUACGAUUUCGCUACGCUCGAAAGUGAAUUUGGUUCUAAUAACUGCGGCGAUUUGCGAAAUUCCUUCGAGGCGAAUGAAUAUUUUGACGAACAGGUAAAUUAUAGGAUUAAUCGAAUUGAAUUUCAUCCCAGAAGGUCUAUGUGA